AUGCAUGAAAGCACAAUAGAACUAACAAAAAUAAGCAGAAUUCUAAUGUCUGUUGAUCAAGGAGAAGUCCACCAAUAUGUUGGAAAACAUUUACCUGCUUUAGAUGAAGAUAAAGUUCAAAGUGAUAUCUCGGAAGAGGAAGAAGCACAGAGUGACCAAGAAAUUGAUGGCGGCAGAGCAAUAAAUCAAAAUAUAAAUGCAAUGGCUGUUAACAAAUUAAAGACUAAGAAAAUCAAAAUACAAAAAAAGAUAAAGGUUGUUACCGAAAUUCUAGAAUCCACCAAACUAAAUGUUAUUGAUACAUUUUCUAUUAUUAAUAGUACCAUAAGAUCAAGUAAAGAUGAAGUAAAUAAUCUAAUUGGAGCCUCCAAAAUGUUUGCUGCUUCAUUACAUGUCAAUGCAGAUGAAGACUUUAAUAGGCAUCACAGACAGAAAGUUUGA